UGUUAUUGUGACAGCUUGGUGCAAUCUAACCGGAGAGGCUGCGUAACGUCAAGCCGUGAUGCUAGCCGAGCCCCGCUAGCAUGCGAUGCUACUUAACGGCGAGCAGCGUCUGUGCAGCGGCAGUGUUUUUCCGGGCGAGCCAGAGGAUCAGAGCUGCGCUUAACGGGAGGUGGAGAUACGAGCGACGACGGUUUAAAACGAGUGAGCCGUGACCCGACUGACCGACACCCUGCGUCUCCUGCCGCUCCCCCGCUUCCGCUGCCCCACCCCCCGACCUCACUACGUCCCGGUUCUGUCGGCGGUGGAUUGGACUCUCGUUGGACGCUUUGUUAGGUGGUUGUUCGGUCUGGCGCCGCCUCCCCCUGGGGCCGGCGUGCGCUCCCAGCAGCCCGUGGUGCCCUGCGCCCCCCCCUCCCCGUCACUCCACACCAGAGCCCAUGUCCAGGGAGGAAGUGCGGUGCGUCCGCCAGGAGCCAUGUGCCUCCCUCAAACCAACAACAUGGACAGCAAGCAACAGGCGGCGGGGACCGGGGGAGGGGCUGUACCUAAACCACGAGAUGGAGGCGUUUCUCUGGAGCCCUUCAUACACCAGGUGGGGGGUCACACCAGCAUGAUGCGCUACGAUGACCACACCGUGUGCAAACCUCUGAUCAGCAGAGAGCAGCGCUUCUACGAGUCUCUGCCCCCCGAGAUGAAGGAGUUCACUCCCGAGUAUAAAGGCGUGGUGCUGGUGUGCUUCGAAGGCGACUCGGACGGCUACAUCAACCUGGUGGCGUACCCCUAUGUGGACAACAUGGAGGCCGUGACGGGGGAGCACGAGGAGCGGGAUCCCCAGGAGAGGGAGCAGCCCAGGCGGAAGCACUCCCGCCGCAGCCUGCAUCGCUCCUCGUCCUCCGCCACCGAAAACAAGGAGGAGCGAGUGGACAGGAGGGAGGCGCACGACACCGACUCUUCUGACAAUGUCACAGAGCUGAAAAGUCCCAGGCUCGACCCAAAGAUCCUCUCCGACGUUCCCUUCCAGAUGCUGGACUGGAACAGCGGUCUGGCCUCGGAGAAGAUCAGCCAGAACCCCUGGGGCCUGGUGUGCCACAAGCAGCACCUCAGCCGCAUGAGAUCCGAAUCCAAGGACCGCAAACUCUUCAAGUUCCUGUUGCUGGAGAACGUCGUGCACCACUUCUCCUACCCCUGCAUCCUGGACCUGAAGAUGGGCACCAGGCAGCACGGCGACGACGCCUCGGAGGAGAAGGCGGCCCGGCAGAUGAAGAAGUGCGAACAGAGCACGUCGGCCACGCUGGGAGUCAGAGUGUGUGGCAUGCAGGUGUACCAGCUGAGCACCGGUCACUACCUCUGCAGGAACAAGUACUACGGCCGCGGCCUGUCCAGCGACGGCUUCCGCCAGGCCCUCCACCAGUACCUGCACAACGGGAAGGGCCUGAGGCGGGACCUCUUCGAGCCGAUCCUGAACAAGCUGCGCAGCCUGAAGGUGGUCCUGGAGCGUCAGGCGUCCUACCGCUUCUACUCCUCCUCGCUGCUCAUCAUCUACGAGGGAAAGGAGCCUGAAGGCCCUUCGGCCCCCGGCCCUGGGCAGAGUGCAGCCAGGCCACAGAAGACCGCCGGGGCCCCCGCAGACCUGCACCCUCCUCCUCCUCCUCCUCCCCCCGAUGCUUCCAGCCAGAGCCCGGUUCUGGGCUUGCUGUCCUCUCAGGGACCUGAACGCACGGCCCCGGGUCCCCCGGCUCCCCCGGCUCCUCAGACGCCGCCCACCAAGUCAGACUGCCGCUCCUCGGCCCCCCGUCCUCCGUCGCCUCGCAGGCGUCCAGAAUGUCCCCCCCCGGCCCCCGCUUUGAGCGCGCUCCCUGCGGCCCCCCCGGCGCCGCGGCGGCCCCCCCUGGUGGACGUGCGCAUGAUUGACUUUGCCCACUCCACCUUCAAAGGCUUCCGUGGCGACACGGCGGUGCACGACGGCCCCGACCGGGGCUACGUGUUCGGACUGGAGAGCCUGAUCCAGAUUCUGGAGAGUCUUCGAGACGAGAACCUGUCCUAGCUCCGGGGAGCGCGUACCGGGGUCCUGGGAGAUUCUGCGGCCCCAAACCGGACCCGGUUCUGUUUUAAAAAAAAAGAAAAAAGAAAAAGUGCUCCCUCUCUGAUAACCGGUCGGUCUUUACACACACACACCUCUUACUGUGAGUCAGUUCAGGUCUCCAGAACCGAGGCGGGAUCCGCAGCUCGGGUCUCUGCCGUCAUGAGGACCUCGGUGGUUAUAAAGCAUUCCCUAAACGCCACCGUCACUCAUCGAUGCCUAACCACGGAGCGCCUCCCCUUCCAGGAGGCGUUUUACCCACUGUGACGUCAGCGCCGGCUUCACUCAACACAGAGCAGCUUCUUUCCUUCAGUCUGAGCAGAAACCGAGGAUUCCUGUUUCUGAGAACCUAUAAAAGAGUCUAAAAAGUGUUAGAAAUGCCAUUUUGCUGUCAUUACUAGGAGCCCGGGCUGUGAGGGGAACCACGAGGCUGAAGAAAGGGAACCUGGUCCAGUAGGGGGGGGCUUUUCUACGUUAAAGCGCGUCUUUAAUCACAGAAACUUUCCAGCUUCUACAGAUAAAAACGCCCGUCCUGCACCUCCUGCAGCGUGAAGCUCAAAGAGCAGAGAAACUACACGGGGCGAGCUUCAGAAGACGACAACGCGGCUGUGGGCGGGGCCUCUGCGACCCGGCCAAUCAGCUCGAUCCUCUCGAUCCGCUGCUUCGCCUCCUCACAGCAGCCGGUGGUUCUUACUUUAGGAGAUGUGCAGCGGAGACGGGAGUUGAAUCAUUUUUGUUUUAAAAGUUUGGGGGUUAAAUCAGAAGAACGUACCUGUGGCCUGUUGUCCUGUGAAGGUCAUUUGUAACUUUUAGACGCAUAAAUGUCACUUUAAAGUCUGGUUCAGUGGUGUCCAGAUGAUGGUUCUGUUGUUAGCGGAUCUCACGAAAGGAGCCCGACGCGUUUUAGCCCCUGAUGCACUAAACCAGCUCAGUGUAGAUUUGCUCAGAUAUAAAAUAAAUAAAUAAAAAAUA